AUGGACCUCAUGGCUUACCCUACCAACCCGGGACCCUACCUACCCCGGCUCGGCCACCUGGAGUUUCUGGAGCUUGAUGAGCAAGAGCUGGACACUACAAGCUUGCAAGCAAGACUCAUCCAGUCACCAACCCGAGACUACCUGUUCUCAAGACGAACACCAUGCAAUACAGCAUCAAAAGACGAUAUCGAUGCCGAUACGCUACUGGCGGACCUUGGCCAUCUGGCUCCAUCGCUGGCAAAGGACUUUAUUCCCAAGGUGCAUGCCGAGGCCAGCUUUGCGUUCCGACUGAUUAAUCACGUGGACUACCACGGCGAAGAAGAGGGCUACAUAGCCAUGAGCUAUUGCUGGAAGAAAACGAACCGGGACACUCCUCGAAAGGUGGUCGAAGAUCUCCCGUUCGCUUGGACCAGAGAGGUUGAACAGUUCCCGCUGCCAACUAGUGGCGCUCUGUUCCAGGCCGUGCUGAAGGAGAAGAUGGUCGGAGAAGGGCUGUGGUUUGAUCAAGUUUGCAUCGACCAGGACUCCGACGUAGAGAGAGCUACCGUCAUCGGCGCGAUCGAUACGGUCUACAAGAACGCAAGAGCGGUGGUGGUAGCUUUGGACGAUGUCGUUGUCACGCCAGAGGAGGAACGAUUCCUUCGAUGCUACGUGGACCAAUACUGUUACUCUGGUUUCGCAGCCGACCAGCAACCCAAUGCGCGCCAGAACCCACCUUUCAUGUACCAAUACCCUGCAUUUGUUUCUUUUUUCGAGCGAUUCAUCGAGUCGGAGUGGUUUGGGCGUGCUUGGUGCGCGCAUGAGAUGAAGCUGGGACGACAACAUGUCUUCCUCGUACGUUGUUCGUCCCGGUACCAUGACGCGGUUCAGACUGUAAUGCGCUUCACGACAUCUUUCUUACAUCACAUGCUAGCCCUAGCGAGCGAGCUGGUUACCUUCACACCCACACAACAAUCUAAAAUACGGACCUUGAGCGACUUCAUCACAGUGCACAACAACACGAAGGGCGUGAACGGUCUUGCCGCACGAAGACCUGAUACUCCGCAGAUGCCAGAUCUCGAGCCGUCUGCCUUCGUGCCGACAGUUGUGGAUACCUUUCAGAUGAAAGCAGGAGGUAAUCCACGGCUGCCCGAGUUUCUGAGAAAGCUCGAUGCCAAUCGAGACAAAGUAUGUAUUGCGCUGAGCGCCUCCAAGGUCCCCCUAGCUCUGGCGCCCUCGAAUGCAUAUCAAAGACCGAACAUCGAGGACGAGUGCUUUCGAUCACUGUUACUAGUCGGUCUUGCUCUUCGAGACCCGGUCUGCCUUUGCACAACAGGCACACCACUGCAGCUGCACGACGGCUCUGUCUCCUGGCUGUCGAAACCGACAUCACUGGACACUCACACCAGUCGUGCAAUACUGCGGCGUUUUCCGAAGAGCUCGAAUCCAAUACGACAGUCUUCCGAUGGCAGAGCAGAGUACGCACAACUUGACAUCAUCUUCCUCGACCUACCACAUCGCUCCAACCCCAACCCACUAUUCCCGACCCACAUUGCGCGAGCGCGACUGUUCAUCCAUCUUUGCAUGCAAUACCAUAUCCCGGGGCCUGGCAUGUGGAGCUUCUGGCAAGCACCCGACCACCUACGCCUAGCAGCCAUGCGCAAUCUCUACAUCCAAACCCUCGGCUGCAUCUUCGACUGCGGCGCCCAAUGGCUCCUCGAGCUGUCCACGAGCCAAAGAUUCUCCCACAUGUCACCUCUCGAGCCCCACACAAUCGACAUGCUACUCAACCCGCACCUCAUAAUUCAAAACUACAUCCUCCUCCCAGAAGGCCAAUCAGCACUCUCCUCCCUCAUCACCUUCCUCUCCGGCACCCUCCUCUCCGGCAUCCCCUGGGCCAGCGGCGCAACAGAACGCACUCACGGGCCCCUCAUCACCUCCGCCCCCGUCCCCGCCUGGCUAUCCGGCGACCCAACCUACGGCGGCAAAGCAAUCGUCUUCGCGCCGUUCGCGCACAGCAAGACGCUGCUCAUCGCCGUCCCCGAGGCAGUUCAAGCUGCCGAGUACGACGCGCUGGCCCGCGCGUGGGUCCUGACUAGCACGAAUCCGUUUACCGGCGGCGCUGAACCGAGCGUCAGCUGGACGCUGCAGAGUAAGGGUGUUGUGUUUGGGGAUGGGAAUUUCAAGGCUGGGUUGGCGAGGUGUGCGGAGACGCGUUGUCAUCGUGUUUACGGGCCGAGUGUGUGA